CAAACCGGGAGACCAUUUAAAUACGAAAGAUUCGGUUUGGGCGAGUCGCAUAGCAAUGGCCAGCAUUGUGGCUGGAACUUUUCAUCAGGCUACUCCAAAUCUCUCCCCUGUAGCAACAAAGGCAUGUCAAGCAUCAUCGUCAUAUGGACCUGUGCCAGUUACUGGAAAUGGAGCACUUGCUACACGAAAGGUUCCCCCUUUUCUCAAAAGCUUGUUCCACACUAGUAGAAACAAGUUUCUUGAUGUGCUUGUGGAUGCUCUAUACAAACCAGAUAAGGAACGGAAUAUUUAUUACCAGGAAAACUUUUCACCCGUGGAAGAGGUGGGAUCUUGGACACCAGUUCAAGUUAUUGAUGGAGAAAUACCUCAGGAUUUCCCAGCAGGAACUUACAUAAGAAACGGUCCAAACCCUUACCUCCUUGAUGAAAGUAUUCUCAUAAGUCCUUUUGGGAAACUGUAUUGUCACUGGUUUGAAGGUGAUGGAAUGCUUCAUGCGACCAGGUUUGAUCAAGGUGGCAAGUUCAUCACAUAUAAGAACAAAUAUGUUGAUACUAUGGCACACAAAAUCGAAAAGAACACGAAGAAAACCUCAUUCCUAAGAGCUGUGGAGGGAGAUUCUUUGGCUAUCUCAGCAAGUUAUCUUCUAAACUUCCUACGUUUUGGGAAAGUUAAUGGGCCAACAUGCAAUACGCACGUUUUCAAGCUUGCUGGGAAGUUGUAUGCAGUCGCAGAAGCAGAUAUUCCUCAUGAAAUAGAUUUAUCAAGCCUCAACACUCUUGGCACUCUUGAUUUUAGUGGUAAAUGGAAAGGACCGUUCACAUCUCACUCCAAGUUUGAUCUGGAAAAGCAAGAGCUCGUUAUCUUUGGUUUCAAUGCAAAGUCGCCAUACUUGCAAAUUGGAAUCGUUUCCAAGGAUGGAGACUUGAUACAAAAGACAGAUCUGGAGCUUGAUCGUGCAUGCUUUAUUCACGAGAUUUCAAUAACGAAAAAUUACACCUUGAUUCCUGAUUUUCCACUCACGAUCAACAUGAACCGAUUGCUGAAAGGAUCAGGAAGGCUGGUCGAGUUUGAGAACAACUCUUCUUCCAGAAUAGGAGUUAUGCCUCGUUAUGGCGAUUCUAAGUCAGUAAGGUGGUUCGAAGUAGAGCCUGGAUACAGCUUCCACGCUGUAAAUGCCUUUGAAGACAGUGAUGAAAUUGUGUUGCAUGCUUUGUUUUCGAAGAUUCCAUUCUUUCCCACGCCAAAUGGUGUGGACAGACGCGAGUGGUUUGCUCGGGGCAUAACACCGACUGAUCCAAGAAAUGCCAGAGACCCUCAAGUUGAUGGUGCCCUCUUGGCCAAUUUGCGGGAAUGGAGAUUCAAUCUUGACAAAGGGACGGUGGUGGAAAGGAACUUGACAUCGUUGGAAACUUGUGGAAUCGAAAUGCCAAAAAUCAACAAGAAAUUUACAGGAAGGAAGAACCAAUUUGCCUAUGCCCAGGUGGUGGAUGUGGAGGCUAGCAAAGUUGUAGGCAUGCCAAAGUAUGGCAAGUUCAUGAAAGUAAAACUUCCGGAAUCUUGUGAAGAUGAAAUUGAUGUGAAGUACCACGAUCUGGGAGCCAACCGAUACGGAUCGGAGCCUUUGUUUGUGGCGAGACCCCACUCAACAGAUGAAGACGACGGGUGGAUUGUGAGCUAUGUGCAUGACGAGGAGACAAACAAAUCCGAAGUGUACAUAUUUGAUGCACAAAAGUUUCAGGAUCAAGCUGUAGCAAGAAUUGGUCUCCCCCAGCGAGUACCUUAUGGAUUCCACAGUGACUUCUUCUUUUGAAACUAGAAAAAUGGA